AUGAACGAAGCAGAUUUCCCCAAGGCGCCACCGCAUCCGAAUGCUGUGCAGAAGAACCCAGAGCUUCUAAAGAGUGUGGACGAGAGGGUUUCUUUUGAUCAAUCGGCGUCUCAGUGGAUUUUCGAAGAGAACGACACGGAGUAUAUAUACAAUUUUAUUCUACAACGCUGGAUGCCCAAAGUGAUACGAGAUGAAGAAGAAGUGGAAGGUAAGAAGCGCCAGAAGGAUGCCGACACCGAAGAAGAUGAAAAUAAAAGAAAUAUCAAACGAUUGAAGAAGGAACAAUUACAAGCAGUGAAGGAUGAAAUUAAUCGACUUAAGAAUAACAUCAAGAAGACCACCGGUGAUAAAGACGAGGACAAAUCAAGUAAUAACACCGGGGCAUACGUCUCUAACUUACCUGACAACAUUAGCAAACAAGAUUUGAUUGAUAGUUUCAGUAAGUAUGGGAUGAUAUCGGAAGAUUAUAAAACGGGCGAACCUCGAGUUAAACUCUACUACGACAAAGAAAAUCAUUUCAAGAAUGAAGCUUUGGUCAUCUACCACAGUCCCGAUAGUGUAUCUUUGGCUAUUGAGAUGCUCAACGAUUCAUAUAUUCUUCCUCCUACAGAUAAGUCCCAAAAGAAGAUUCGGGUUGAAAGGGCCGACUUUUCAAAUUCAUCUUCAAAAGACGACAAAAAAGAACGCAGGGUCUUAACCCAGGAGGAGAAAGAUCUACUCAACCAAAGAAAAGAAGCCAUGAGAAAGAAAUUAACUGAAUGGGAUGACGAAACAUCCGACAAUAAAGUUUCUCAGAUCAAACAGAAGGUAUGGAGCAAAAUGGUGGUUGCAACAAACAUGUUCCGAAAAGAAGAGUUUUCCAAAGACUCUUAUUUGGAAAUAGAUCUUAAAGAUGAUAUCACCGAUGAAUGCAAUAAACUUGAAAUCGGUAAUGAUAUCACCAGUAUCAAGAUCUACGAUCAAAGUGCGGUCAUAGUGAUUAAGUUCAACAAAGCCGAACUGGCCAGCAAAUGUAUAGAGGCCUUUGACGGCAGAUACUACGAUGGCUUGAAAUUAAGUGUUGCCAGAUACAAUGGUGAAAAAUUCUCUCAUUCAGUUAAUCCCAGUGACGAAGCUAAUAGACUAGACCAAUUCGGUGACUGGUUGGAAAAUGGAGACAACAAGAUCGCAACCUAA